AUGCACACAUUCGCUUCUACACUUGCGCUCACCCAGCUCUUUGUGGGCUUGGGCUCGGCUAUCCUUGAUGGCAUCGAUGCUCGUGAUGUAUACGAGGAGAUGGAACACCUCCUCGUUGACAACAGCGGGACCAACUUUGAUGGCUUCAUCAACGCAGUCAGUCCCUGCAGUAACUACUUCCAGGAUAGAACUGGAAUCGAGGGAGAACAGUCUUCUGCUCAAUGGGUCAGAUUGGUCUUUCACGAUUUCGUGACGGCGGAUGUUUCCGCUGGCACCGGAGGACUAGAUGGCUCCAUUGCCUACGAAGCCGAUCGUCCUGAGAAUCCUGGCCUCUUUGUCAACGACACCCUGAAAUUCAUGUUGCCAACAAUCACGGCCUAUGUGAGCAUGGCAGACAACAUAGCUUUGGGUAUUGUGGCCGCUGUUGCUACUUGUAGUGGAAACUCUACAGGCAUUCCCCUUAGAGCCGGCAGGACAGACGCCCUCGCAGCUGGACCGUCUGGAGUGCCAGAGCCAACUACGAGUUUGGAGGACACUCUAGCUCAAUUUGAGGCUGCAGGCUUCAGCCAAGAGGACGCUAUUGCAUCAACUGCCUGUGGCCACUCCCUUGGGCGCAUUCAUUAUUCCAACUUCCCCGAUAUCGUUGAUGAGAGCACAGUAACAUCCAACAACACCCAUGGUGGAGUGGGAUUCGAUAGCACUCCUGCUUCGUUUGAUGCUACUGUCGUUAACGAAUACCUGGACGGCACUGGGUCCUUGGGAGGACUGCUUGUCACAGCACCCAGCGUCGAUGAUCGGUCUGAUCUGCGUCUGUACGCCUCGGACAAUAAUGCCACCAUGCAGAAUCUCUCGGAAGAAUUGGCAUUCCGAUCUACUUGCUUCGACGUAUUCGAGCGCAUGAUCAACACUGUCCCCAGCGGAUCCACCUUGACAGACCCGAUCGUCCCAAUGGCCUGGAAGGCUAUUGAGCUCGCCACUGACAUUGACUCAACCGGCUCGGUCUCCAUCGCUGGUCGCAUCAGGAACCUCUACAGCUCUGGCUCAGCGCCUACAGAUGUCACUUACACCAUCUCUGGAUCGAGUGGUGACUUCACCGCCACAAGCGCCACAGCUUCGGGUACUGGUGGGUCUCUAUUCGGCUCAACGAGCUACUAUGCCUUUAAUAGCACCAUCGACAGCCCCGGCACGACAUCUCUCAGCUUUGGCGAUGUCUCUUACGACAUCAAUGACGAGAUCUUUGUCCUCCCAGCCAAGAGCACAACGAGUAAUCGCAGCGGCACAGUCAAGGCCGCAGUACUGACCUCGUCAGUAACGGACGAUGCAAUGCAGCUGGUUCUCUACAUUCCCGGGGCCAUUAGCGGUACAGCCGCCAGGGUGAUUGCCACGUCGACGGUCGCCAUGACCGAGUACGGUACCGCUGGCAACUAUACUCUCUACUCGGCCAGCAUCAGCGGAAACGUUGGUUCCGGCUCUGGCACCAUUGUCAAGGCCGUCAUGGGCGAUCUUGCUAGUAAUACUGUCAAGGUCGAGAUUUUUGGUUGA